AUGUCAAAAUUCCAAUUUUUCACUAAGCCAGUAGUAAGAAAUUACAAUUUAACUUUAAAUUCAAAAUCUUAUGGUAAAAAAUUUUUUGUACAAGAAGCUUUUAAGACUGGGGAACGUUUACUUGGAUUUUCUGUUGAACAGCUUGAGCUUACAGCGACAAGGCUACGACACGAAUCAACAGGAGCGGAACAUUUGCAUAUUUCAAGAGAUGAUAACAAUAAUGUAUUUGGUAUAGGAUUUUCAACGCCACCUAAAAACAAUAAUGGUACACCUCAUAUUUUGGAGCACACAACGUUAUGUGGCAGUAAUAAAUAUCCUGUUCACGAUCCAUUUUUUAAAAUGCUGAACCGUAGUUUAGCAAAUUUUAUGAACGCAUAUACAGCAGCAAGUGAUUAUACCUUGUAUCCGUUUUCCACUACUAAUAAGCUCGAUUAUGAAAAUCUAAGAGAUGUAUAUAUGGAUUCAACUUUUCAUCCUAUCCUAAGAGAAUUAAAUUUUAAACAAGAGGGUUGGAGGCUUGAAAAUCAGGAUCCACAAGAUAGUUCAACCCCACUACAAUUCAAAGGAAUCGUAUAUAAUGAAAUGAAAGGACAAAUGUCAGAUGCGGGGUACCUUUUUUGUUCAAAAGUUCAACAAUAUAUGUUUCCCAAUACAAUAUAUGGUUACAAUAGUGGGGGCGAUCCUAAAUAUAUAACAGAUAUAACCUAUGAUGAAUUGAAACAAUUUCAUAAAUUUCAUUACCAUCCCAGCAAUGUAAAAUUCUAUACAUAUGGUAAUUUUCGAUUGGAAGAUCAUUUAUAUGCUAUUAAUAAUAAAAUUAGCAAAUUUGAUAAAGUAACACUGGAUGAAGGAAAUAAAGUUGUCGAACCCUUUAAUUCACCGCGAAGGAUUUCGUUUGACGGACCUUUAGAUCCAUCAAAAAUGUCAAUAUCUUUUUUAACCAAUGAUAUAAAGGAUGUUUUUGAUACAUUUGCAUUAAAAAUUUUUUCCUAUCUUUUAUUGGAAGGACAUGCUUCACCGAUGUAUAAAGCAUUGAUAGAUAGUAAUAUUGGGUCAGACUUUUCGGAAAAUACAGGCUAUGAUCCUUCAGUUAGAACAAGUUAUUUUUCAAUAGGUCUUCAAGGAAUGAGAUUACAAGAUGUAGAAUUAGCAGAAAAAACAAUUAAAGAUGUAUUGGAAAAUGUAUACAAUCAUGGAUUUGAUAUGAAAAGAGUGGAUGCGGCUAUUCAUCAAACAGAGCUAGGGAAAAAACAUAAAACAUCGGAUUUUGGUUUGAAUUUAAUGCAUGGAUUAAGUUCAGGAUGGUUUAAUAAUGCAGAUCCCAUCGAAAUUUUACAGAUUAACAAGAAUCUCGAUAAAUUGAAAGGAAAAAUAAAGUCAGAACCAUUUUUUCAGAAUCUAAUUUCAAAAUAUUUUUUGAACAACCCUCAUACUUUAAUCUGCAUAAUGAAGCCAAAUCCUUCCUUUUCAGAAUCCUUAAAUAAUGAAGAACAAAAUAGACUACAAAAAAUUGUUUCAAAAUUAUCAAAUAGUGAUAAAGACAUCAUUUUUAAGCAAAAUUUGGACUUAAUUAAAAAUCAAGAAAAAAAAGAAGAUAUAUCAGUGUUGCCCACAUUAAAAAUUUCAGAUAUACCAAAAGAAAUCAAUAGAUUUGAAUUAAUGUUCAAUGAUAUUAAUGAUGUCAACGUACAAUGGAGAAAAGCCUCCACUAAUGGAAUUACUUAUUUUAGAGCUAUUAGUCAAUUAGAUGGAUUACCUAAUGAAUUAAGAUUAUAUUUGCCUUUGUUUGCUCAGUCAUUAACUUCUUUAGGAACAAAAUCAAAAAGUAUGGCCGAAAUUGACGACGAUAUCCGUCUUUAUACAGGUGGAAUUAACAUGUCUACAUUUUUGUCAACAAAUCAUUCAGACCUGAAUGAAUAUGAUGAUGGUUUAGCAAUAGCGUCUCAUAGUCUUGAUAGGAAUAUCAAUCAUAUGUAUGAUUUUAUUCGAUAUUUAAUACAAGAAACAAACUUUGAUAAUGUUGCAAAACUAAAAUCUAUUAUUUAUUCUAAUGCAACAAACAUGCCAAAUGUUGUCGUGGAAUCGGGCCAUGAGUUUGCAAAAACUUAUGCCGCCUCAACCUUGACUCCUUCCUUGAAUUUGACAGAAAUAUAUGGUGGUAUGACACAAGUUAAUUUCAUGAAUAAGUUGGCAUUAUUGGAAGAUUUUCAAAAUGUUACCGAAAAAUUAAAAGAAUUGUCAUUAUAUUUUUUUAGUAAAAAUUCACUGAAAAUAUCGAUAACAUGUGGUGAAGAAGCUGUAAAUCAAAACGAGCAUAAUUUAUCUAAAUUUUUAAAUGGUCUGCCAACAAAUAAUAGAAAAUCGAGCUCAGAAAAGUUCGAGUUUCAAGCAAAGAAUGAAAAAGCACUGUUUCAAUUACCAUUCGCUGUAAACUUUUCAGCAAAAUGUUUUAAAGGUGUCCCAUUCACUGAUUCUGACGGAGCCAAAUUAAGUGUUUUAUCAGCAUUAAUGAGGGCUCAUUAUUUACAUCGAGAGAUCAGAGAGAAAAAUGGCGCAUAUGGUGGUGGUUCAACUUAUAACAGUCAAACAGGAAUUUUCUCUUUUUUUUCUUAUCGAGAUCCUAAAGCAUUCGAAACAUUGAACACUUAUGCAGAAUCAGUUAAUUGGUUGUUUGAAAGAAAAUUCUCAAAACAAGAAUUGGAUGAAGCAAAAUUAUCAUUAUUCCAACGUAUAGACGCUCCAAUAAGUGUAUCACAAGAAGGUCUUGUGUAUUUCACCGAUAAAAUUACGGACGAUCUUAGACAAAAGCGGCGUGAACAAUUAUUAUCUGUUACUGAAGAUGAUGUAAAAGAAGCUGCUUAUAAAUAUUUGAAACAACAGGAUGAAAUGAAAUCAUAUUCAAUUGCUAUAAUUGGCGGUAGUGGUGAGGAAACUCAAAAAAUAAACGAAAUUAACAAAGAGUCAUCGGAUUGGAAGAUUUAUGAUUACACAAGCUAA